AUGCUAUCAACGUUUCUAGCCAUGUCUAUCACACUCAUCCUCCCCUUAUUCAUAUAUGCUUUUUACCAAACACUGUAUCUCAAAACUCCUGCUUUCACAAACUGGCCUUUUGUUGGUAUGCUACCAACAUUCCUUUGGAACGUUUCACGUAUUCAUGCAUUUUCAGCUCAAUUUUUGAAAGCAAAAGGUGGCACAGUUGAGUUCUUAGGACCUUGGUUUACCAAUAUGAAGGGUGUAAUCACAAUUGAUCCAUAUAAUGUCCACCACAUUAUGAGCAAGAGUUUCGACAACUUUGUGAAAGGUGAUUUGUUUCGUGAAAUGUUUCAACCUUUUGGUGAAGGUAUUUUCACCACUGAUUCACAUGAAUGGAAAUACAGUAGGAAUCUUUUCCAAUAUCUUUUCAAACAAAAGAGCUUUGAAGCUUAUCAAGAGAAAGUCAUUCACAACAAAGUUGAGAAAUCAUUGAUUCCUUUAUUGAAUCAUGUACAAGAAAAAGGGUCCAUGGUCGAUUUACAAGAUAUUUUCAAUCGUUUCACGUUUGAUAAUAUUUGUUUGAUAGUUCUUGGAAAUGAUCCGAACUGUCUUUCUGUAGAUUUCCCCGAAGUUGCAGUUGAGAAGGCUUUUAAUCAAGCCGAAGAAUCCAUCUUCUAUAGACACACCGUGCCAAGGUGUGUUUGGAAGUUGCAAAGACGGCUUCAAAUCGGGGAAGAGAAAAAAAUGACCGAGGCAUGCAAAGUAUUUGAUAAAUUUUUAUUCGAAUGCAUAUCUUUGAAACGAAAAGAGCUUAUGAAAAAUCGUAACAAAAAUGAAAUCAAGGUUGAGAGUGCGAAAAAUCAUCAUGUUGAUUUGUUAACUGCGAUGAUUGGAGAAGAAGAAUCAGAGGGUGAUGAAAGUGGUGACAAGUUUCUUAGAGAUGCUGCUUUCAAUCUCUUUGUAGCAGGGAGAGAUACUAUAACUUCCGCGCUGACAUGGCUUUUUUAUCUUAUUUCUACACACCCUUUAGUAGAAACUAAGAUUCUUGAAGAGAUUAAAGAAAACUUUGGACACAAAGAGAAGCCUUGGGUUUUAAGUGUUGAUGAGACGAAAAAGCUUGUUUAUCUGCAUGGUACUAUAUGCGAGGCGCUAAGGCUUUUUCCACCUAUACCAUUUGAGAGAAAGGAAGCAGUUAAACCUGAUAUACUUCCAAGUGGUCAUCAUGUUUAUCCAAAAACAUUGAUAUUGUUUUCUAUAUAUGCAAUGGGAAGGUGUGAAGAUAUUUGGGGAAAAGAUUGCUUGGAGUUCAAGCCAGAGAGAUGGAUUUCUGAGAGAGGAGGCAUUAAUUAUGUGCCAUCUUACAAGUUCUUUAGCUUUAAUGCAGGGCCUAGAACUUGUUUGGGAAGAGAUUUGGCUUUUAUUCAAGUUAAGAUGGUGACUGCUUCUAUUUUGUGGAACUAUUGUGUUCAUGUUGUGGAAGGUACUUGUGUCACUCCUAGUCUUUCAAUUGUACUUCUCAUGAAACAUGGUCUCAAGGUUAAGAUAACCAAAAGAGAAAUUUAA